AUGAGACCCUUUUUGCUCUUCCUGUUGCAUCUGAACCUCUGAUGCACUCUUCUGCAGACAAAGGUAUGGACUUGCAAGAACCACUGGGUCGUCCGUGCUCAGCUGGCCAAGAAGAUUUCAGUGCUGUCCUGCUUGAUGCUACUGCUUCUCUUCCUUCCCUCUCUCCUCUCUCAGCCAACCCCUUUAAAGCCUAUACAGGCCUUGAUGCUGUAUCAGAUGGACUUCCUGCAAAAGGCAGUUACGAUCAGAUUGGAAGUGAGGCGUUUAAACCAACCACCAAAAAUGCACAAAACCCAUUCCUUGUAGGGGAUGAUGGUGGAGAAGUUCCAGAACAAAAGCAUUCAGGAGUGUUGCCACCUGGGGCAGAACCAUUCUUUUUAUCUGAAAUCAAGGAGCCAGUGGACACUACAGAAAAGACUGACACACAGAAAUUCUCUCCCUACCAGCUAGACUCUUCCCCAGACUCUCCGGUAGAAUUAUUUGUGAAACGUGAUAAUGAUGCAUCUCUUGAAGAGAAGCUUGAUUUUGAAGACCUUGACCCCAAAGUGUCUCUCGUAGACCAUGCUGUGAAGGAUGAUUAUGUGGAUUUCAAACCCUUUGACUCCUCAUGGGCCAGUAAUGAGAUGAGCAUAUUGAAGGAUAUUUCUAGCAAUAAGGUAGAUGAAAAAUCAGGAAGUGAAAUUAGUAAGGAUGAUGCUGAGAAGAUGAAGACUCUGCCUGCACAGAAAUAUUUUGAAAAGGAGAAUGAAAGCAGCAAUGAAGAAAUUUCUUCCCCUAGCACUCCAGAUGCCUCAAAAGAGGCUUAUAUUGCUUGCGCCAAGUUUGAAUCGGAUGUGACAAGUGAGGGCAUCACAGCCAAGUCUCUCCCUCUGAUACAAGAACAGGCUUCUGAAAAUAAAACGGACGAGAAAAAGAUAGCAGAAAUGAAGGCUCAUUUUGGCACAGAACCGAGCAGUGCCCAGAUUGAGUUGGCAAGCAGUCAGGGCCGGAAAGCUGAGUCUGAUAAAGCAGAGAAUCUGCUGAAGGAGACUGCUGAUGCAAUGGCGAAUAUAUCUGAAGGUCUGACUCCAGAUAUUGUGCAAGAAGCAUAUGAGAGUGAGCUUCAUGAUGUGGUUAGCCCCAAACUUGCUUAUGAAAGCAAGAUUGAUUUGGUUCAGACAUCUGAGUCAUCCCAGGAGCCUUUGAAUGUUACUGGACAGCUCUGUCCUCCCUUUGAAGGAGGACCUGAAACAGCCCCAUCCCCAGUCUUGCCAGAUAUUGUUAUGGAAGCACCACUGAACGCUAGCCCUGCUGGAGUGGGUGGUCCAUCUGAGCAAAUUGAAACCUCCCCGUUGGAAACUCUGACAGCUACCGGUGACUAUGAGAAUGACUAUGACAGUGUACUGCAGAAGUCUGAAAAGCCACCAACCUACCAGGAGGCCAUGAAUGUAUCAGGAAACCAGCCACCAGAAAUGAAGGUUGAAGCUGUUAGCAAGAAACCUGACUCUAAGAAUGAUGCACCUUUAGAAAACUCGGAGACAUCUUAUAUAUCCAUUGCAUGUGACUUAGUUAAAGAAACGAAGGGCUCUGAUGAAUGUGCUUCACCAGCCUUUACAGAUUACUCCAAGAUGGUGAUUCCAGAAUUUGUUCCACAUCCUGUGCCUGAGUAUACCGAACGUACCGAGAAGGCAUCACUGCCCUCUGGAAUUAGUGACACAGUGAGCAGCCAGCCAGGAUUUGGUUUUGGUGAGAAGGAAGAAGAAGCUGUGCAAGAGAAACCACUUGAAGCUACUGCCAAGAUUGCACCAAAAGGAGUUCAGGAAGAGGUAUCUCCUUCCCUUAGCAAGCCCUACUUGGAAUCCUUCCAGCCUCCGUUGGAACCAUCCAAAAACGAACCCACUUCUUGGUUUCUGGAAGCAGAGGCUGCAGACCUGCCUAAGAAAGAGAAGAUUCCUCAGCUACAAAUGGAAGAAGUAGAUACUUAUGCAGAUGAUUUCUCUGUUUCUAAGGAGCUCAAAGAGGUGGAUAAAAUGGUGGUGUCCAUAGAAUCCUCUCCAGAGACUGAAGACCUCCCCACAGUCCCUUAUCAAGCUGCUAAGGUGGUGGCAGGAGCUACAGAAAAAGUCACAUUAGGGAACAGUAAAGUCAGAGAGCCUGGUGAUAGUGUUGUCAAAGCUGAAGAGAGACAGUCUCCUUACCAAGAGGUUGCCCAGGAUCUGUCUUUAAAGAAUGUACAUGUCAAAACUGAAGAGCAAGAUCUUGCUUCUGGGGCUGUCUCUGAAAAGCCAGAUAAAGAAAUGCCUGAAGCAAGGAAGGAGCCUUUGCCCUCAGCUGAUGUUUCUCCUUUGCCCACGGAGCAAAAGUUAGUCAGUGUAGGAAAGGAAGCUGAGAGAGGAUUUGCUUCUGUUAAAGAAAAGGAGGAACCCCCUCCUUUGUUUCCAUCAAAGCUGAGUAAACCUUCAGUUGUUGACCUCCUUUACUGGCGAGACGUUAAGAAGACGGGUGUGGUAUUUGGAGCCAGCUUGUUCCUGCUGCUUUCUUUAACGGUGUUCAGUAUCGUGAGUGUGGUUGCUUAUAUUGCCUUGGCUCUCCUAUCAGUGACCAUCAGUUUUAGGAUAUACAAGGGAGUUAUCCAAGCAGUCCAAAAGUCUGAUGAGGGUCACCCGUUCAGGACUUACUUGGAUAAAGAUGUUGCUGUUUCCGAGGAGCUUGUCCAAAAAUACAGCAACGUUGUGCUUGGCCACUUCAACAGCACAGUUAAAGAGCUCAGGCGCCUUUUCCUAGUGGAUGACCUGGUGGAUUCGCUAAAGUUUGCCGUUUUGAUGUGGGUGUUCACCUACGUUGGUGCCUUGUUUAAUGGUCUGACAUUGCUGAUAUUGGCUCUGAUUUCACUCUUCAGUAUUCCUAUUAUUUAUGAGAAGUACCAGGCUCAAAUCGACCAUUAUGUGGGAUUCGUGAACAAGAAUGUCAAAGAUGCAAUGACAAAGAUCCAAGCUAAAAUCCCUGGACUGAAGCGAAAAACUGAAUGAAAAACCAGAAGCAACAUUUAUUAAAAUAGGAGUUCAUCUUUUAAGCGGGGAGGGAAGGCGUAUUCAUUUGGAUUAUGUGGGGAGGGUCACGGGCUAGCAAAACCUUGACAUUGCAGUGCAAUUUCACAGAUCUUUAUUUUUUAGCGACGCAGUGUUUUGAAAGGGGGAAAAUAACCUGUUCUUGACUGCCAUGUGUGUUCACAAAUAAGUAUUGUAAGCUGCUAUGUAUGGAUUUAAACCUAAUCCUCUUUGCUUCUCCCAUGUGCAGCACUGGUUAACACAACAGAUUGGAGAGCUGUACAUUUUACGCUUUGGUCAAGGUAGUCUUGCUGCGUUCUGGGUGAACCUCGUGCAAAGUUGGGGUGCAGGGAGAACACUUCAGUUUAGCACUGUUUCUGGUCUGUGUAGAUUGAUUGCAGAUUUUCUAAAAUGAGAUGUUUAGAAGAAUAAUGCCAUUAAAGCAAGCUUGAAAAGUCUUGCCCUUUUGGUAUCGAGUGUAGCUGUAUUGUGCUUUUUAAUUUUCCUGUUUUAUCAAUUGCCAAUAUAAAAAUUAUAUAUAUAUAGUGUUUCACAGCAGCUUAGGACGUCCAGCCUCCUCCACAGUGUUUGAAAUAUCAGAGAAAAGCUGAAGUCCUUUUUUAAAAACGCCAUGAUAAUGUAAGCUUAAAUCUUCAGAAAACACUAGCAUCUGUUAAGCAAACAAACAAAGAAAGAAAAACACUCCAUACAUUACUCAAUUUCUUCCAUGAACUUUGCUGCACAAACCUCCUAUAGUUUGUUCUGAAUAAACAAGUUUACAGUCUCUCAAAACUCUGAAUCUGUGGAAGGAAUUUCAAAUGGUGUGAUCCUGAGAUCCUUGCAGGUAGAGCAAGGAGUACCCAGCAUGCUUCUUCUCCAUUGUGCUCGGAACCCUUGGCAUCUGUGCAUGGGUCAGUCGGUUGCACCCUGAAGCUGCAAAUGUCAUUUGGAAAUUGCAAACCUUGUUUAGUGCAAGAAAAUUACAAAUGAAAAUGUAUACACUUGCGGUUUAAGCUGUAUUGAACUAAGUCUGUGGAAUGCAUUGUGAAAUGUAAAAACAAAACUUGAGUUAUCAAUAAAGCGUAUAGACUUAAAUGGUU